AUGGAUGUCUACAUAUUGAAACACUUCGUGCCGCCUCAGCUUAGUAUCUACAACGGGACUACUGAUCCAGAUGAUCAUGUGCAAGCCUUUUCCACGCGGAUGGCCUUCAGAUUCGGUAACCGAGCUAUAUGGUGUCGAGCUUUCUCUUUGUCGUUAGAAGGAGAGGCGUUGGAAUGGGUUAACUCGUUACCUCCCAACUCCAUCCAAAGUUUUGAGGGAUUGAAGGAGAUGUUCGACAAACAGUUUGCCAGUAGUCGCGCUCAAGACCCGACAGUCUUUGAACUUUCAAAUCUCAACCAGGGCAAGGACGAAACCCUAAAAGCAUUUGUGGACCGGAAACGCCCCAAAACCAUGGAGGAGCUGAGGGAGCGAGCGGCCAACGAGGUGAGGGUGGAGGAAAUGAAGCAGGCAUACAAGAAGGAGGCUCAGGAAAGUAAGGAAAGGGUAGAGGGCAAGAGGCCGGAGGGUCAAACCGCGAGGCCGGCCAGAUUUAAGCCAAGAGAGCUGCCUAGGGGACCUCGCUUCCAACAGUACACCCCUUUAAACGCUCACCCGACGUGUAUCUUACAAGAGGCGCUCAAUAUUAACCUCAUCCCGCCAUUAAAGAAGCGACCCACCCCGCCUGGGGCCGACAACAACAAGCAUUGCCUUUACCACCAAAACCAGGCGCACACUACGGAGGAGUGUGUCACCUUAAGAGAUAAGAUUGAAGAAUUGAUCAGGGCUGGUCAGAUAAGGCAAUAUAUUAAGACCGUUAGCAAUACCACGUCGCAUGAGCGCCAUAGAAGCCCCGUGAGGAGAGAUGAUCGUAGCAGAAGUCGCCGGCCGUCGUACAAAGAAGAUCAGCCAAGGUAUGAAAAGCGACGUAGCAGGAGCCGCAGCCGAAGCAAGGACCGCCCAAUUAGAGGGCGAAUAAAUACCAUAUCCGGCGGAUUUGCUAGAGGUGGGCCGUCAUCGUCGACCAAGAAACGCCACUUCCGAGCAUUACGGCCGGUGAACAACGUUCGGACAACCAAAAAAUCCAUGCCACCAAUCACUUUCAGCGACGAAGAUUUUCACGCGCCGGAUUUGGACCAAGAAGAUCCCAUGAUAGUGGGAUUCGUUGGUGAGCGAGUGGACACGCGUGGGUAUGUCGACUUGCGUACACGGUUGGGCACCGGCUGA